UUACUUUUCCAAUUUCCACUCUUAAUUAUUCCAACUUUAUUCCUUGCUUGCUCUCAUUAUCUCCAUUUCAGUUCUCUUAUUAUGGAAGGAAAAGAAUGUCUUAAUUUUCUGGAAGAUUAAUUAUAGAAAAAGUUGGCAAUUACUUUGGUUAAUUUAUCAUUCUGAUUUUCUUUUUCCUUAAUCACCCUCUAAUUGGGAUUUAUCAGCAAUCAUUUUUGGAUUUGUAAUAAGAGUAACAAGAAUCCCUUUUUAGGAUACACCAAAAUUUCUCCUUAAAAUAAAGGAAUAUUAUUAUUUAAUUUCAGUCCCUCCUAAGAAAUCAGAAGUGCGUCAACCGACGCCGACCCCUCUUCCACCUUCCGCCGAUCAAGCAAUGGAGGAAGAUAAACCUCUGAGGAAAAUGGCGGAUGCUUUCAAAGAAUUGAGCAACAGAUUAAGUCAAUUCCCCGAGGGAGAAGAAGCCCGCCUUGAACUCGCCCCCUUCUCUAACGCCUGCUCUCUCGUCUCUCCUCUCUUCAGAUGUCUCGGCAUCGCUUUCAAAUUCGCUGAGCUCGAUUACGUUGCCAAAGUGAAUGAUCUUGUGGGGGCGUCAAAAUCAAUAACCGUGGUGCCACUAAUGAUGGAUGAUGAUGUUAAAUCUGAUUGUGUGCGGAAGGCAGGGAGUCACACGAGGAAUCUUCUCAGAGUGAAGCGUGGAGUUGACAUGGUCAAGGUUUUGUUUGAGCACAUUAUUUCUUCACAGGGAAGUUCCCUGAAGGACCCAGCUUCAAAAGCUUAUGCGCAAGUUUUUUCUCCAUACCAUGGAUGGGCCAUUAGAAAAGCUGUGGCUGCAGGAAUGUAUGCCCUUCCCACAAAGGCACAGCUGUUGAACAAACUGAAUGAAGAUGAAACUUCAGCAAGAAUUCAGAUGCAGAACUUCGUAGCCUCGGCAGCUCGAGUCGUCAAGUACAUCGAGCAGCUCUUCAUCUCAAGAGGGUUAGGAACUGAUUGGUGAAAAUGGGAUUCUUAUAGUUCUGAUUUCUGAACAUCUCAUCUAUUAAUCUUAUAUUAUGUCUGUAUUUUACUGAUUUAAUCAUACUUGUAUCUCAAUAUGUCAAACAUACUAAUAUUUUCAUUAUUACUUUGUAUUGGAAAUAAUUACUAUUUGGUUAAAUUAAAUCAUAUAUUCCUUCUUUA